AUGCCUUCGGCAGCAAAGUGCCCUCCCAUCCUCACUGUCCUAGGCUCGGCAAAGUACCCUCCCAUCCUCACUGUCCUGGGCUCAAAGUGCCCUCCCGUCCUCACUGUCCUGGGGCUUCCAUCUCGGCCUUCUCAGCCUCUCUGGACACCAUCCCCGACCUCUUCUUAUGCUGCUGCCAUCACCAUCCUGCGCUCCCAGCCUCUGGCAUGUCAUUGUCAGUGCCCUCACUGUCCUGGGGUUGGCAAAGGUGCGCAUUUCCCCGUAGCUGGGUUCUCACACCCCUUGCUCCUGCUCAUUGUCAUUGUCAGUGCCCUCCCAUCCUCCUCAUUGUCCUGGGGCCCCCAUCUCGGCCUUCUCAGCCGCCUCUUCCUUCCAGCGUCCCCCAAUGUUGUCAACAGUGCUCUCUUGGCCCAUUUUACUCCUGUGUCAAGCAGGAUCUCUCGGAUUUUGUUCAUUCUCAUCGGUUGCCGUUCUUCGUAUAAUGAGUCUACAUACAAUUAA